AUGUGUAAUCGACAGCCUUCUGACGACAACUUUGAAGAACAGACUGAUGGUGAACUGAGAAACCCUUCACAGUUUUUCUUCGAGUACUUCGAUAAAAAUUUCUGGAAAAAUGUUGCAGGACAAACUAAUUUAUAUCAUUGCCAAAAGAACUCAAACAGUCUGGAUACAAAUACUAAUGAAAUUUUGUCCCUUGUCGGAAUUGAUAUAUUGAUGGGUACAUUGAAAUUGCCCCAGGCAAGACUUUACUGGAAUAUGCAACUGGAUAUUCCACUUGUAUCAUCAACCAUUACAAGAGAUAGAUACUACAAAUUACGAAAUAAUCUGCAUUUUGUAAAUAAUUUGGAAGAUCUGACAAAUAAAUGUAUUAGUUUACCCAGGUCUCAACACCUUUCUUUGGAUGAACAGAUGAUUCCAUUCACGGGGAGAUGUAAGAUGCAAACAUAUGUACCUUCCAAACCUAAUCCACUUGGCCUCAAAAAUUUUAUUUUAGCGUCAUCAGAUGGACUUGUCCUUGAUUUUGCUAUAUACACUGGCAAAGGAACAAUUCCUGACAGCAAUCAAAAAGAACAUGGCCUGGGAGCGGGUAUACUCAAACUACUGGCUAGAACUAUACCCAAUGAUUACAAUCAUGUAAUUUACAGUGACAGAGUUUUCACCAGUUCAAAAUCUGUUCAGCUUUUACUAGACAGGAAUAUAUUUCAGACAGGAACUGUGAUGGCCAAUAGAAUAAAAAAAGUAGCUUCUAAGUUCAAGAGAGAUCAGGAGCUGCAGCGGGGGCAAUGGGAUGAGUACGUAAGGGAGGACCAGGAAAUUUGUGCCCUCAAAUGGAAGGACAAUAAAUCCGUCACUUUGUUAUCCUCGUGCAUAGGGAGCGAACCAGAGGGUACCUGCAAACGAUGGUGUAAUACAGAAAAAGCAAAGGUUAGUGUCAAACAACCAGCCAUCAUCAAAAGCUAUAAUCGCAAUAUGGGUGGCAUUGAUCUCUGUGGUAGAUACAUGGCAUACUAUAGGUCAAACAUCAGAACAAAAAAGUAG